GGGAGGAGGCGGCAGGAGCCGGCGGUGGUGGGUGUGGUGCCUGCCUUGUACUCCGUACGCCGUGACCGCGACAUUCUUUUCUUUUCCCUGACCCUGACCGUCUCCCUUCCCCCUCAAACACCACGCCCCUCGGGUUCCCUAUAUAGAGCCCGCUCGCCCACCCGCAACCACUCUCCAUGACUCCAUCCGCCCCUCCCCGCUUGCUCGCGGCCAUGGACGGCGUAGUAGACUAGGGGGCCGUAGAGGCGGCGCGGGUGAGAGCGGAGUGCCUCCGCGACACGCUGGGAGGCGGCGGGGAUGGGGCUGCUGUCGAACCGGGUCGAGCGGUCGGAGAUCAGGCCCGGCGACCACAUCUACACCUGGCGGGCCGUCUACGCCUACUCCCACCACGGAAUUUAUGUUGGAGGAAGCAAGGUGGUCCACUUUACACGAAAAAAAGAAAUUGAAAGUUCAGAUUCAUCAGACUCUGCCUCCAGCCUCAUCUCCGAGGUUCCAUCAGAGUGCCCAACAUUCCCCGAUUGUGGAUUUCAGCUGCCGAAUAGUGGUGUUGUCCUCACUUGCCUAGACUGUUUCCUCCGCAAUGGCUCCCUCUACUGCUUUGAGUAUGGAGUGCCAUCUGCGGUUUUCCUCGCAAAACUUCGUGGGGGAACCUGCACCAUUGCGGAAUCAGACCCACCAGAGGUUGUUGUCCAUCGAGCAAUGUACUUGCUUCAAAAUGGGUUUGGAAACUAUGACAUGUUUGAGAAGAACUGUGAGGACUUUGCACUCUACUGCAAGACUGGCCUUCUACCUGUUGAGGAACCUGGCAUUGGGACUAGUGGGCAAGCUUCUUCUGCCAUUGGUGUGCCAUUGGCAGCUCUUCUGUCCACUCCAUUUAAGCUUCUAGCUGCCGGUCCACUCGGAAUGGCCACUGUCACAGCUGGGAUGUACUGUGCUGGUAGAUACAUUACUGACAUAGGAGUAAGGAAGGAUGUAGCAAAAGUUGAAGUGGAGAAAUUGUCAUCACACCCUGGUUUCCACCUUGUUGAAGAUGAAGAAUCGGUGAACAAGCGAUCAGAAAAACCGAAGACGUUGCUCCCUAUGAAGAGGAAACGUGAAAGGUGACUGCAAAACGCAGCUUGGGACAAUGAACUUCUCUGCCCUUCAAUUGGUGCAGAAUUGUGGAUAAUGUGGGAUAUAAUAUAUGCUCCACUGUAAUAAAACUGGUAUAGAUAUGUACCUUCAGAAUGUGCCCUACUUUGAUUAGGAGCACACCUCAUAUGAUCAAUUGAACAUCCUUAUAAGUUGAAUUACCAAAUCACUGUAUCAUCUAAUUUUUCUUCUAUUA